ACGCGUCCUCCACGUCCUCGCGAGUUACGACGCAUCACGACAGUGUGAGUCACUACGGAAUGGGCGAUGGGCGCAUCUCUCUUGAGGAACGAGAAGUCUGUUUAACUGAACGUCAAAUCGCUGCGUCGUGAUCCGUCGCCAUCCAGGCACUGCCUCGUCUCUCACCCCACAAAUUUAGUUGGCCAUGUCGGCAGCGUGCGCAUCAGAUGGGUCCUUUGGACCGGGAGUGGGCUCGUGCCGUGGGGGCUUCGAUCUCACGCUCGGCUUCGAAGACAGCAUACUUGGCCUGCUACCCCAGGCCAUAUUCCUCGCCCUGGCACCCGUCCGAUUGGCUACACUGCGAAGGCGCCGUGACAGAGUUGCUCGGCACUCCCAUUUGGGAUUCCUGAAAACAAUUUCCGGUGUUUUGUACGUCGGCUCGUCGAUCGCACUGUUGGCAAUAUGGAGCGAAAUAGACUCUUUCAAGACGAAGCUGUCUGUCGCGUCGGCUGCUCUCGAGUUCAUGAGCUCGCUCCUCAUCGUGGUACUGUCUCGUAUGGAACACAGCAGAGCAGUACGACCUAGUCAUCUGCUACAGUUCUUCCUGCUGGUCCUGCUCCUAUGCGAUGCCGUGCGCCUGCGCACUCUGUUCCUGAUGGAUUAUCCAACAUCGCUUGUGACACCAGCAUCGAUUCAUACAUUCUUGACCGGACUGCUGCUGUUGCUAGAGUCUCUUGACAAGCGCGAGCUAUUCAACUCCGAUGGAGACCGCAAGCUUCCACCUGAGGAGACUAUCGGUCUCUUCGGCAAGAGGUUAUUCUGGCAUCUCAAUGACCUUUUCAGAGACGGUUACCGAAAGGUCCUCAAACCAACAGACUUGAGCAGUAUGGAUGCAGACCUCGCGUCGAAAGCACGAGCGGUGGCGUUUCAGCAAGCCCUCGUAGCGCAGGACAAGUCUAGAAGCAUGCCUCUACUGCGAGUCAUUUUCAAGAUUCUAUGGCCCGACUUACUUCUUCCGAUCAUUCCACGCGUUAUCCAGAUGGCGACCACACUGAGCCAGCCAUACUUGAUUACGGCCAUGAUUGAUUUCGUUGGAGAGCCCAAGACCCCUCAAUCGACAAACAAAGGUUACGGUCUUAUCGCGGCUUUUGCUCUGAACUAUGCUCUCCUCGCGGUGGCCUUUGGCUGGACUGCGCAGAGUAUGGCCCGGUUCAUGACCAAGCUGCGAGGGUGCCUGAUCUCUGCAUUAUACGAUAAGACGCUACACACUUCGUCUAAAGAUGUGGACCUCGGCAGUGCAACGGUCUUGAUGAACGUUGACGUGGACAAAAUACUGCAAGCCAGUAAGCAAAUCAACGAAGUCUGGGCUGCAUUUGUUGUCAGUGGUGUGGCCAUGUACAUCAUGUAUACCCACCUAGGCGUCGCUUUCGUCGCGCCUUUCCUGACGAUGCUAAUAGCGACUGGAGUGACAACUAUGCUUGGCGCUAUGAUGAGAAACCGGAUGAGUCUGUAUGCAGCCGCAACGGAGCGACGUAUCACAGCCAUCGCGUACGUUGUCGGCAACAUGAAAGGCGUACGCAUGCUCGGAUUGUCCGAGACCGUCUUUCAGAUGUUGACCAAACUGCGUCAUGCCGAAGUCGACGCAUCUAUAUACUUUCGAAAAGCCAUUGUUUGGAUCACGCUUAUUUCCAAUGUCAUGUUCCAACUCACUACUCUUACGACUUACGUUACCUUCGCAAUCAUCACGCUCGCGAAGGGCAAUGGGACGACCCUUGAUAUGAACAGACUAUAUGGGUCGUUAUCUGCCCUAAAGCUGUUCACCACGCCGUUUGGAAUGGUGCUUCAGAUACUCCCACAAAUACAAACAGGUAUCGCCUCCCUCGAGCGCGUCGAAAAGUUUCUCUUUGGGCAAGUCGUCCCUUCAGAAGAUCGAGACGCCUCUGGCCCCAGCCUAAGCGGCAACGACAUGGAACUACUUCCCCUCACAGCCCACCGUGAAGGAGGCCACGUUCUUUCAUUGAGGAACGCAACAUUUGCGAUUGACAGUCAGCCUCUACUGUUUGACUUGACGACCAACUUCUCCGCGAACACGUUUACUAUGAUCGUCGGCAAAGUAGGAUCGGGCAAGUCCGUGCUACUGCGCUCCCUUGUGGGCGAGACGGAUCUUUCGCGUGGCCAGUUCCAACACUCAAGAUUAGGCAGCGCAUUCUGUGACCAGCAAGUCUGGCUCCGUAAUGCCACAGUACGAGAGAACAUUGUCGGAGAAGAUGCGCUCGAUGAAUCAUGGUACCAGAAGGUGCUCUGGGCCUGCGGCCUUUUGCAAGACCUGCAAGUGAUGAAAGGAGGCGACAGCACCGCAAUUGGAUCGAAAGGUAUAUCCCUGUCAGGAGGCCAGAAAAAUCGCAUGUCCCUGGCACGCGCUCUUUAUGCAAGGAAGCCGGUACUCGUGCUCGAUGACAUGCUUUCUGGGCUGGACAACACAACCGAGAAGCUUGUAUUCAAUCGAGUCUUUGCUCGCAGCGGCAUUCUACGUAAAUCACGGGCUACAGUCAUCCUGGCUACGCAUUCUACGCACUAUGCUCGACAUGCAGAUCAGAUCAUUGUCAUGGCGGACGGAAGAAUUGCUGAGCAAGGAACAUACCAGGAAUUGCUCGAGAAGAAUGUUGACCUCCGCAAGUUCAACGAUGGCGAGACUUCUAGCACGGCAGACAGUGAUGAAGAGACUGACUCUACUUCCGAAGCCGACAUUGCCUCUCAACUGACCCCGAAACCCGUCGACGACAAAAACGAGGACGAUCUUGCUCGGCAAACCGGAGACAGACGCAGUCUCAUCUUCUUUAUUAAAACCAUCGGCGCAUUCCAUAUGACCCUCAGCUGGUUAUUGAUGGUCGGAGGCAUUGUCAUGACGCAGAUCCAGUUUCUCUGGCUGAAGUGGUGGGCAGAAGCCGACGACCAGAGCCGACGCGGAACGAUACGCCAGCUCUAUUUGUUCGUUAUCGUCACUGUUGUUAAUAUUGCCGCAUACUUCGCGUACUUUGUUCACUACGCGCUAUGGUUCCAACCACGCUUGAGUUUGAACAUGCAUGCCAAUCAACUUGUCGCGUUGAUGCGCGCCAGGUUCUCGUUCUUGGUGUCAACGGACAUCGGUUCGAUCACGAACAGAUUCUCCCAAGAUAUCACGCUGGUAGAUCUUCAGCUUCCCGUGUCGUGGCUGAAUGUCACAUUCGAGGUGAUUUAUACCAUAUGUUCAUUCGUCAUCAUGGCAAUCGCCACGCCCCCUAUCGCCUCCACGAUCCCGGUUCUCGGAGUUGUAGGCUACGGUAUCCAGCGUGUGUACCUUAGAACGUCCAGACAGGUUCGUCUGAUGGACCUCGAAGCCAAAGCUCCGUUGUGCACUCACUUCCUCGAAACCAUGGCCGGCCUCGUCACUGUUCGCGCGUUCGGCUGGGGAGAGGCAUACCGCAAGCGAAACGACAUACUCCUGGACCAAUCGCAGGUUCCAUACUACCUACUUGCCGCGAUUCAAAACUGGCUGACGCUCGUAUUGGAGCUUGUGGUUGCAGGCAUGAUCACCAUGAUUGUGGGCCUGGCUGUGGGACUGAAGACUAAGAUCGAUCCUGGGUAUCUCGGCCUGGCGCUGAUUUCAGCUAUGGACCUCGGCGUCAACUUCCGCAUCAUUAUUGUGUACUGGACCGAGCUAGAAACCUCUCUCUCAGCCGUCGUUCGUAUCCUUCAAUUCUCGGAAACACCUCCAGAAGAACUCGGCCUUACCAUCGCUUCCCCACCACCAAACUGGCCGAAAAGGGGCGCCAUCACCUUCUCCAACUUUGCAGCAAGCUACACUGAAGAAGGCAAAAAAGUGCUUAGCGACAUCGAUCUCUCAAUCCAACCGGGGGAGAAGAUCGGCUUGUGCGGCCGCACCGGCAGCGGCAAAUCCAGCCUCGUCGCCACGCUCUUUGGGCUCCUGCAUCAGCGCGAGGGACAAGUCGCAAUCGACGAUAUACCCAUCACAGACGUAUCCCUUUCCACUCUACGUUCCAAGAUCAUUGCCCUCCCACAAGAGCCCUUCUUCCUCAAGGGCACGGUGCGGUAUAAUCUCUCGCCCUGGGACAUAGAAGCCCGGCGCCCGGUCGUUUCCGACGAACAGAUGCAACUCGCACUGGAGGAGGUGCAGCUCUGGGAGAAACUCAGUGGUGCGGCCGAGAUGGGGCAAUCUGCGCUGGAUCUGAGACUUGACAAUGUAGAUAGUCUGUUGAGCCAAGGAGAGAGGCAGCUUUUCUGUCUUGCGAGGGCGAUAUUGAUGGAUGGAAAAAUCGUGGUGCUGGAUGAGGCUACCAGCAGUGUCGACGCACACACCGACGCCUUGAUGCAGCGUAUCCUGCGUACCGCAUUUGCAGAUCGUACCAUCAUUGCGAUCGCGCAUCGGCUGGACACCAUACUAGAUUUCCACCGCGUAGUGGUAAUGGAUGCGGGUAGAAUUGCGGAGGUAGGGGUGCCAAGUAGGUUGCUAGAGACGGAAGGGAGUUUAUUCAGGGCGCUGGUGGAGAGCCAGAAGGGGGCUUGAUGACUUAGACAUCCCAUUGAAAUUGUGCAAACAGAAGGAAGAGACUGGUACACACGGAAUAAUGGGCGUAUACGGCAGAACGACGGUAUCGGGAUGUUGGCUGAAGUUACGGGUGUGAUGGUGCGGGUUGGGUAUGUUCCUUAUUGGCCAGUUUCUAAUACCUGCCCGCCCUUCGGCACUUAUCGUGGCCGACGACCAUGGGUCCCUUAGCAGAAGGACUAUCUGCAUGGCUCGAAAGUCACUAAGAUUCUGAACAUUCACUAGAAACAGAAAGUCAUUAGCUC